AUGGGUAUAACGUUUGGCGGACUUACUAUUGACAAAACCGACACAUCGUACUAUCGAUUAGGGUAUACCGCACUCGCCCUCGUUGUAAUGCAAGGCAUAUCGUUUACGUACAAAACUGUCGCCAUGUUAUACAUCAAUGGCGGCAAAGGCGCCGCUUUGAAUACAAUAUGCGGCAGUCAUUUGUCGGACUCGGAGUACAAGGAAUUGGUUUUAUUCGGCAAUGCGUUAAGAAAUACGCCGACCGUUGGCUUCACUAUCGGUAGGUUUGCGGCCAUUAAUAAGUCGACACUUAUUUCCCAAGGUCCAUACGAUGCGCCACACAAUGCUCCACGUCAGACAUCUCCGCGCCCUCAGCGCCCUCCGCCGCCUCCGUGGUGUCCGCCCUUUCCGCGCCUUGGGAUUGCUCCGCCCCCUCCGCCCCUUCCGCCCCCUCCGCCCCUUGGGAUCGCUCCGCCCCCUACGAUCGACGCAACCUCUUCUGCCUCUUUCUUCCCGCGUUUGACGCGUUGGUAA